CUAUCGUUUCUAACAUCGCAGCCGCUCAGUUUGACAUUCAGCUGUCAAAGUGUCAAAUGAUUUUGCGUGUAAAAAUAAAUAGCGGGCCGGGUAAUGUUUUCAACGAAACUCUUCAAGUGUUUUAGUGCAUCGCGACAAGUUUUUUCACUGUACAGUCACCGUUUAUCGCGCGUCAUUGGUCAAAGAGCUAGCACCACAAUGUCAUCCGAAUUUCCGACAACACUAGAGGGAUUCGGUUAUGGUUUCAACGAUGUCGGUCAAUUGCGGCAAAUCGAUCCGACGGACGGUUCAAUAACUGAUGAUCCGUUCAAAUUUGAAGUUAGUUCUGACUCAAGUAAAAAUCAAGCACAUUACGAGGCACUUGGUGAAGUACUAACCGAGCAUGUGUAUCAAAUGCUGUUGGAUAUUGGUUUGCACAAAAUCUGGGUGCCCUCUCCCGAAACGCCAAAGUCAAGUUUUGUAUUCGGCACAAAAACCGAUUUCGCCAACACAAAGAAGUUGCUAUUUUUGAUCCAUGGUUCGGGUGUUGUUCGAGCUGGUCAAUGGUCGCGCAGUUUGAUAAUCAAUCAGUCAACCGAUCAUGGUACACAAAUUCCAUACAUCAAACGUGCCAUUGAAUUGGGGUAUGAUGUCUUGGUCACCAAUACGAAUCAUAAUUCGCGCAUCGAAGGCCCUAAGCGGAUCCGGUUGGAAGGAAAUGAAUCGCCUGAAGAACACAUCAUCUCCGUUUGGGAACAGUUGAUUGAGCCAGUUUACGAUAGCAUCGAAUCAUUUGCCGUUGUUGCACACAGUUAUGGCGGUGUUGUUACAUUGAGAAUGGCCAGAAAUUACCCGAAUGCCUUCUUGGAAAAAUGCUUCGCCAUCGGUUUCACCGACUCAGUGCACUAUGCCGGAUCACUAUCAAGAAGAAUGUUCGAAUGGUUCAACGAGCAUGCUCGGAACUAUGUGACAUCCAAUGCGCCACUGGAUACAGAAUUGAAUACACGGUCAUCGGACAUUCCAUGUUUUUCCGCCGGUCACACCAAACACGAAUGGACUUCCUGGGCAUGCAUGGAAGCUUUGUUCCCAUAUUUAGAGGAACAAUACCAAGAUUGGUUGGAAACAAAAAAAGGAGAAACAGGCCAAAAGGCGGAACAGGUUGGAAAGGAAGAAUCGGCUGAAAACGAUGAGGAUGACGACAAAGACAAAGAAGAAGGCGCAGAAAAUGCUGAAGAAGAUGAAGAAAAAGAAAAGGCCCAAGCAGAUGAGCAAAAAGGGAAGCCUGAAGAAGAUGAAAAAGAUGAAACGACUGGAAAAGAAAAAAAACGCGAGGAUUUGUGAGCGACAACGCGUCCAAUUCCAAAUUAACACAAUUAUCUCAAUGAACUUGUGGAACAAGUUAUCGCGAACACACCAUCAUCAAAUGAAGUUUGAGCCGCUUAUCUAUUUUCAUUUUCUAACUCAUUAUAUUUUUCCAUAAGUGCACAUUUGCAACUUCAUAAGCAUAAGAUAUUGCUGAAAAUAAAAAAUACAAUUCGAA